GGGACUGUUGCCAGGUGACCAUGACAUCAUAGACUAGCCCAACAGUGUGUCUCAACAUGUCUCAAACAUUGCUAGACAAUUUAUAUCAGAAAGAAUUGACGGAAACGUCAUGUACAAUCGAAAUCCAAGCAGCGUUUAUUUUGUCCUCCUUGGCGACUUUCUUCGGGGGACUCAUCAUCUUGUUCAUUUUCAGAGUAGCCUUGAAAAUCUCAAGAAAUUGGAGAUACAUCGAGGGGCCAGGAGGACUUUUGGAACUAUUCUCAUCACGUAGAAUCGAGGCUAAUCCUUUGAGAAAACUUUACUUUCAUGGAAUAUUUCGUGAGCGUAUUGAAAUGCUGCUUUCUGCACAGACCUUCGUGGGGCAAGUGUUGGUGAUCCUCGUCUUUGUACUAAGCAUCGGGUCUCUUAUCAUCUAUUUCAUCAAUUCAAUGGACCCUGUUCGAAGGUGUUCUGCAUAUGAAGACAAAAUUGUCCAUGUGGAUUUGAGUUUCAAUGCUUUCUUUAGUUUCUACUUUGGGUUGAGGUUUUGGGCAGCUGAAGACAAGAUCAAGUUCUGGUUGGAGAUGAAUUCAAUUGUAGACAUUUUUACCAUCCCACCAACCUUUAUUUCUUUUUAUUUGAAGAGUAAUUGGCUAGGUUUGAGGUUUCUAAGAGCACUGCGGUUGCUUGAACUGCCUAAAAUCUUACAGAUCCUACAAGUCAUCAAGACCAGCAAUUCAGUGAAGCUUUCCAAACUGCUGUCAAUAGUUUUCAGUACCUGGUUCACAGCAGCAGGAUUCCUUCACCUGGUGGAAAAUUCUGGUGACCCCUGGCUCAAUGGAAGAAACUCACAGACUAUGUCGUACUUUGAGUCCAUUUAUCUGGUGACAGCAACAAUGUCAACUGUUGGCUUUGGGGAUGUGGUGGCCAAGACAUCCCUAGGACGGAUUUUCAUCGUUUUCUUCACCCUUGGGAGUUUGAUACUAUUUGCAAACUACAUUCCAGAAAUGGUGGAACUCUUUUCUACCAGGAAGAAAUACAACACGCCCUAUGAAGCUGUGAAAGGAAAGAAGUUCAUCGUGGUCUGUGGAAACAUCACAAUUGACAGUGUGACUGCUUUCCUGAGGAAUUUUCUCCACCGGAAGACAGGAGAAAUCAAUAUUGAGAUUGUGUUCCUUGGAGAGACUCUUCCUUCUGUGGAGCUGGAGACCUUACUGAAGUGCCACACUUCCUGCACCACCUUCGUAUGCGGCACGGCGCUGAGGAUCGAGGAUCUGAAGCGAGUUGCAGUGGAGAAUGCAGAGGCUUGCCUGAUUCUAGCCAACCCUUUCUGCAGUGACUUACAUGCCGAAGACAACUCAAACAUUAUGAGGGUGCUCUCUAUCAAGAACUCUUAUCCACAGACCAGAAUCAUCAUUCAGAUACUUCAGUCUCAAAACAAGGUUUUCCUGUCAAAAAUCCCCAACUGGGACUGGAAUACUGGAGACAACAUCAUCUGCUUUGCAGAGCUAAAGCUUGGAUUCAUGGCCCAGGGCUGCUUGGUGCCAGGGCUGUGCACCUUUCUUACAACUCUGUUUAUUGAACAAAAUCAAAAGGUUUUUCCUAAGCAUCCCUGGCAAAGAUAUUUCUUGAAUGGCUUGAAGAACAAAAUUCUGACGCAGCGCCUCUCUAACGACUUCAUUGGGAUGACGUUUCCUCAGGUCUCCCGGCUCUGCUUUGUGAAGCUGCACCUCAUGUUGAUCGCCAUCCAGCACAAGCCCCUCUUUCACAAUCAUUGCAGCACUCUGAUACUAAAUCCAUCAUCCCAAGUGAGGCUGAAUAAGGACACCCUAGGGUUCUUCAUUGCGGAAUCCACCAAAGAGGUCAAAAGGGCCUUAUUUUACUGUUCCAACUGUCACAGCGAUGUAUGUAAUCCUGAGCUAAUUGGGAAGUGCAGCUGCAAAGUCAGGAGCCGACAACUCAUAGCACCAACCAUCAUGAUGAUGAAAAGCAGCUUGGACGAUUUCACCACUUCUUCACAAAUUCACGCUUCUAUGUCAAGAGAACAGCCUAGCUCGGUCACCAUUACGACCACCAGGUGCACGCCAAACGACACAGCCGAGGACACCAAUACCAAUACCGACAUGCUGGACAGCAGUGGCAUGUUUCACUGGUGCAAAUCAAUGCCCUUGGACAAGGCGGUUCUGAAACGAAGUGAAAAGACAAAACACGAGUUUCAGAACCACAUUGUCGCAUGCGUGUUUGGAGAUGCCCACUGUAACCUGGUGGGGCUUCGGAAUUUCGUGAUGCCCCUGAGAGCCAGCAACUACACCCGGCAGGAGCUGAAGGACAUUGUUUUUAUUGGGUCUCUAGAGUACUUUGAGAGGGAAUGGCGAUUUCUCCGGAACUUUCCCAAGAUAUACAUUAUGCCUGGAUCCGCACUCUAUAUUGGAGAUCUGCAUGCAGCCAACAUAGAGCAGUGCUCUAUGUGUGUCAUCUUAGCCACCCCUUACAAGGCACUGAGCAGCCAGAUUCUGGUGGACACCGAGACUAUCAUGGCCACCCUCAACAUCCAGUCCCUGCGGGUCCUCUGUCCUACUCCAGUGUCUUCAGAGCCAGAAGUAAAGACAUCACCCAGCUUUCCCACUAGUGGAAAGAAGAAGCAAAGAUACCAGCGGAUCCCCAUUCUCACUGAGCUGAAGAAUCCCUCCAACAUCCACUUUAUUGAGCAGAUGGGUGGAAUGGAUGAAGCACUCAAAAGAAUGAGCUUGCAUCUUAGCACUUCUUUCUCCACGGGUGCCGUCUUUUCAGCCACCUUCUUGGAUUCUCUCUUGGCCACGUGCUUCUACAACUACCACGUCGUGGAACUCCUUCAGAUGCUAGUGACUGGAGGUAUUAGCUCUCAGAUGGAACACUAUUUGGUUAAGGAGAAGCCGUAUGAGACAACUGAAGGCUACACGGAAAUCUUGGCUGGGAGGACGCGGUGUAAGCUGGGACUCCUCUCUUUAGACCAAACCAUUCUAUCAGACAUUAACCCAAGAAGAACCUUUGGACAGCUGUUCUGCGGCUCACUGGAUAACUUUGGGAUCCUGUGCGUUGGCUUGUACCGUAUGAUAGAUGAAGAGGAACACAGCCAGGAACACAAAAGGUUCGUAAUCACCAGGCCGGCCAACGAGUGUCACCUGCUGCCCUCAGAUCUCGUGUUUUGCGCCAUCCCUUUCAGAACCACCUGUGGCAAAUCAGAAAACAAUUCUUCAACUCAGAUUCAAGACAACACUACAAAUGUGACAUCAUUGGCCCAGGAGUCAGAUUUCUACGAUGCCCCGGAAGCCCACGAUUCCCAGGAUCUUUACCCAGUCAGUAACAAAGAAGACCAGUAGUGUCAGCACCCCAACUUCCGAGUCUAUCCUUUGGACACAUUAGAUGCCAGUAAUAUUGUUCAAGAAAAAUAAAAACAGAAGCAUGCUAUUUUUGUGCCAAUUGCUUAGUGGUCAACAAGUCAGCAAGCCCACACUACUAUGGAAAGAACCAUCCUAUCCCAGUGGAUCCGGUGUGAUGAAUAAAGAUGCUCAUGAUAAAUGGUA